CAGGCGCUGCUCCCGUCACGGUCACACUCCAACCGCUCCCCUCUUCAAACAAUGUUAUCUAGGUCCUGCACGGCUACACCACACACUCUGGACUGAUCCGAACAUCCGCAGUUUACCAUGGCGACAGUGGUGAUGGAGCAGAUCGGCCGCCUGUUUAUCAACGCUCAGCAGCUGCGGCAGAUCCCUCAGCUGCUGGAGUCGGCCUUCCCCACGCUGCCGUGCACCGUGAAGGUGUGCGACGUGCCCUGGGUGUUCCGCGAGCGGCACAUCCUCACCGGCUACAGGCAGCCGGACCACAGCUGGCGCUACUACUUCCUCACCCUCUUCCAAAGGCACAACGAGACCCUCAACGUGUGGACCCACUUGCUGGCUGCCUUCGUCAUCCUGGUGAAGUGGCUGGAGAUCUCGAUGACGGUGGAUUUUUUGCGAGACCCCCACGCUCAGCCCCUCUUCAUCGUCCUCCUGGCCGCCUUCACCUACCUCUCCUUCAGCGCGCUCGCUCACCUCCUCUCGGCAAAGUCUGAGCUCUCCUGCUACAGCUUCUACUUCCUCGACUACGUGGGGGUGGCCGUCUACCAGUAUGGCAGUGCCCUGGCACACUACUACUACGCCAUAGAGAAAGAGUGGCACACUAAAGUGCAAGGGGUCUUUUUACCUGCCGCAGCGUUCUUGGCCUGGCUCACCUGCUUUGGUUGCUGCUACGGCAAAUAUGCCAGUCCUGACAUACCCAAGUUUGUCCUCAAGCUCUUCCAAGUGGUGCCGUCAGCCCUGGCUUACUGUCUAGACAUAAGCCCUGUGGUCCACCGCAUCUACAGCUGCUACCGGGACGGCUGCUCCGACCCAGUCGUGGCAUACCAUUUCUACCACGUGGUCUUUUUCCUAGUCAGCGCUUAUUUCUUCUGCUGCCCGCACCCAGAGAGCUUGUUCCCUGGGAAGUGUGACUUCAUCGGACAGGGCCACCAGAUCUUCCACGUGUUCGUGGUGGUGUGCACCCUGACGCAGAUCGAAGCGCUGCGAACAGACUUCACAGAGCGCCGCCCCCUCUACGAGGGCCUCCACGGCGAUCUCGCACACGACGCCGUUGCACUCUUCAUCUUCACGGCCUGCUGCAGUGCGCUCACCGCUUUUUACGUACGCAAGCGGGUACGUGCCGCUCUCCACGAGAAGCAGGAGUAAGAGUGGAAAUCCGAGUAAAAGUAAAAGAAGAGUAAUUUAUUUUACUCUGUUGUACAAAAGAAAAAUGUUUUUGUUAUUGACAUUUAUCAGUUUGUGACAGUGACUGUGAAUUGCCAAACUACAGUGAGCUAUAAUUGUGUUUUUUUAAUUUCACUGAGGAAAAGGGAAUCUUACAAGUUGUCUGUAGCAAUACAGGUAGUAGUUAAAAACUGAGUCCUUGUAUCUCUACUCUGAUCUUUUAUUAGUCUGCAAGGUUUUAUUUAGUCUUAGUCUAAAGGGAAUGUUUUACUUUACCGUACAAAAAUACACUUCUGUCAAGGUGAGCCAAAAAAGAGAGACUGGUUUGUAAAGAUGACUUUUACCGAAUAACAUUUAGAAAUAUCUCAAUGUCUUAAUAUAUUUGUAACAUUUCAAAUCAUGCGAGUAUUUAUCUUUGCGGUCCCAUAACACUUUGUACAUCGCAGUCAAAUACCAAUUGAAAUCCAAUUUGGACUGGUUUUCUUAUCUAGUUACCUUUCUGACACUCAAUGUUUUUCUCCAAACUGAAUCUGACCCUCUCUUUAAGGGUCAGAGCCGAAUUCUUUUUCUAUUUUUAAUUGAUCAAGGCGCUAAUGCUUUGCCGUGCAAAUGUUUGAACGUAUCAUGGGGAAAUCGAGAAUCUAAUUUGAAAACCAAAUAUGUACCUCUUAUUUAAAAAAAAAAAAAAUACAAUUUUGCGGGUGAUACCAUUCUGUUGAAUAAUGUUGAAGGUGAGGCUGGCACUCAGUAUUGGCUCAGAGAUGGACGGAAGAUUCCUGAUGUCACUUUGUUGUUGUGGAGGUGUUAAUUUUUAUUCUAAGGGCUGGAACAUCAGCUUUUGCCUUUUUCACAUCCCAUGAUAUCGAUGCUUCUGUGUGCGUUGUUUUCAGCAUCGGUUCGACCGGAUUUGAGUCACAAAACGCCGCGUCAGGCUCGUGUUCUGCUUUCGGUAUAUUUUAGUUUUUGUAUGAUGAAUAUGUAUGUGCCUCUACGCAUGUCUUUUGGUAUAUACUGUGGAUAUUAAGUGUGUGAAUGUCUAUGAAAGCUUAGCCUUGCACUUCUUUCUUAUCCUGUAAAUAAGCUGUGUUCCUCUUGAAAUCCUCUGCAUCCCAUUUUCUCUCAAUCAGUCGCGUUCAGACCCGAACGCAUAUUUUUCUUUUCUGGUGGAACACAGCACUCUCUCAUUGUGCAGUGUUCUUUCUGAGCCGGCUUUAUGUCUGGUGUUGUCCUGACUAUCAAGGCUUUAAUGGCUAUGAAUACACCAUUUCAUUCCGCUGCACUCUUACUCUGAAGAGUCCCCUUUGUUCAAAAACCCUUUUCCUUUCUCUCUGUUUUGUUAUAGAUAUAUAAAACACACAGCUCACUGGAAAUGUGUACGAUUCUUAUCUCACCGAAAUCUUAAAUGUCCGAAAUUAUUUAUAUUCAUUGCAGCGCUCUCUGUUCAUGAUGAUGUUUAAUGUGCCAAUGAAUCUGUCGUGUCGCUUCAGUGAUGGUACAACUGGAAGAUGAAUUCAGAGACAGAAUGUCAGAAGUGACGGGUUAAGUCUUUUUUUACACUUCAUCUCUUGACCUGACUGCAAACAUGGGACUGGGGAGAUUUAACCUUGACGCCCGGGAAUAUGAACCUUCUACCUGUUGACUGUACUAUCCUGGUCUCAUCGUGCACUGCCUGAAUCCACACUGUAUAAACUGUAGCUGACAACACUGGCUAUGUUUACAAGCUUGGAGGUGUCUGCAGUCCAUGUGGUUACUCUGGUGUUUGUGUGUGUGUGUGUGUGUGUGUGUGUGUUAGUUCAGAGUAACCCGGGUGAACCUGUUCUCCAUCUCAGGGGCACCUCUGCAAGGCACCUCCCUUUUAUGCCUUUUUUGUGCAGGGUCAUAAAUCGGUCGGCAAAAAGAAUGAAGCUGUUGUGCUUAAAGUUCAUUUUGCACAUGUGGUCUGGUGCUUCAUUAAAGGCUGAUGAUGGCGCAUGAAGCCUGAAAGUCCGUCACCAGCCCAGCAUGUGUCGUAACAUUAUUGUCCUGAACAUUUAACAGGACCAAAAACGAUUAAAGCUGGGGUUUUAAUUUCUAUCCCAUGUGUUACAGAUGAUUGAGUAUGAUUCAAACAGGGAGCGGGCAGCUAGAGGGAGACCACAGUCCUCUUUGCUAAACGCAACAUGGACAUAUUGUGUCAGUGAUGAUCCUGAGGUACGUGCCAAAUUUACCCUGACGGUCUUAACUGGAGUAUAGCCAGCACUCCUUAUACAGUAAGUGUUUCAGUGUCAUAGGCUGGGUUUGGGGAGAGAUCUCAGAUUUAACACCAAGUAAUUGGGAAUGGAUUUUCUAAAUGGGAACAAAGGCCUCAAAUGGUGGGAAAAAGCUGAAUUUGGGGUUAGUGGUCUGUGUAAUGUCCCCAAAAGUGACCCAUGACAAAGUGUUAGUAUAAACAUAGCCUCUGAUGCCACCCUUGGUUUCCUCCUUAUUUCUUCAUGAAAGCAGUGUGAGAGCGACUAGAAUAUGUACUGCCUCUAUGAAUAUGUGUGGCUGACUGUACUAAUAUUCUGUGGUAUUAAAAAAAAAAGAUUAAAGUGUGACAGUGAA